AUGGCACUAGUAAACGCAAUUGGUAGAUCAGGGGGGGGGGUAGCAACCUUAUGGGAUCCGACAGUCUUUGAAUGUAAUGAAGUUAUUAGAAGUCAGAGAUUCAUUCUAGUACAAGGUAGGUUAAAGCACACAGGGGAGUGGUUAAAUAUUGUGAAUGUAUAUGCUUAUAAUGAUCCGGUUGAGAGAAGAUUACUGUGGGAAGAGCUGGGCACUUUAAAACAGGCUUUACAUGGUAUGUGGGUGUUUGGAGGGGAUUUUAACGACGUUAGAGAACCGAGCGAAAGGAUGAAUUCUGAGUUUGUGCCUUUAAAUGCUACGUUCUUUAACAACUUUAUAGAAAUGGCUGAUUUGGUAGAGUACAAUAUGGGGGGUAGAAAGUUCACUUAUCACUCCGAUAAUGGACUUCACAAGAGCAAGUUAGAUAGGUUUUUGGUGUGCAGGGAAUUUCAAACCAAAUGGCCAAAUGCUUCGCUUGUGGCACUAUCGAAUAUGGUCUUGGAUCACAGCCCAAUCCUCCUAUCGACCUUGGUACAAGACUUUGGGCCAAGCCCAACAAGAAUUUUUAAUUCUUGGUUGAUAAUGCCAGGGAUGUUGGAGUUUGUUAAACAGUCUUUGAACAGUUUUAUCUUUGAUGGGCCGGCUGACUUGGGACUGGCGGUAAAACUUAAAUGGAUAAAGUUCAAACUAAAAGACCAGGUCAACGUAUUAAAAAUGGAGAAAGAGGUGGUGUAUAAAAAGAAACUGGAGUUACUGGAGGCUUUGGAGGUACAAGCUGAAGAGAGGGUCUUGUCAUCGGAGGAACUCACCGCUAGAGCUGAAUGCAAGAAGGCUAUUAUGGAAAUGGAUAGGGUGAAGACGAUGGAUUUAAAGCAGAGGGCAAGGGUGAAGUGGGCAAUGGAGGGGAUGAGAAUUCAUCUUAUUUCCAUAAUAUUGUCAACGCAAACCAGAGCUCUAAUAGGAUUAAUGGUUUAA